GAUUAAUUUCUUGCUCUUCCGCUUUCCUCUACUCGUAGUUCGAUUUCAUCGCUGCAACUAAUCAAUGAGGCAUGAAACCAUUUGAAUCGGCAAUAUCUGUUUCAGCAACUCAUUUCUCCAGAAUCAGAUUCGGCCCCUUCAAUUAUUUCUGUCAAAGGCGAUGGAGAAAGCCAUUGGUGACUGCCCAAACUCGGUUAGAAGACAGAACAAGGGACCUGAAGCUCGACAAACUCGCAACCGAGAUCAGAAAACUCAGAAUCAUCCUCAAACUCCGCGCCCUCAUGAUCAAUCGGAAACGUGGCCCGUUCGUCUCCUUGCAAAUCAUGUCUCGGUGGCGGAACAUUGCCGGACUCAACAUCGGCAUUGGGGAGUUCGUUCAUAAGUACCGCCAUGUGUUCGACGUAUUUCCCCAUCCAGUGAUGAGGAAUUUAUGCUGCAGAAUCUCCGGGAAGAUGACUGCCUUGAUCGAACAAGAAGAGAGCGUUGUUAAGGAUCUCGAAAUCGAGACCGUUCAGCGGUUGAAGAAGUUGCUGAGGAUGUCCGUUAAUGGCGCUCUCCAUGUUCAUGCGCUGAGGCUGGUCAGCAAGGAACUGGGGUUGCCCGAUGGGUUUAGAGAAUCGAUUCUCGUGAAGUAUGCGGAUGAUUUCAGAUUGGUUGAUAUGGAGAUUGUUGAAUUAGUUGAUAAACGUGAGAAUGAAGUUGUGGCUGAGGUUGAACAAUGGAGGGAGAGAGAAUUUAGAGAGAAAUGGCUGAGCGAAUUCGAUGUCAAAUACGCAUUUCCCGUCAAUUUCCCAACUGGGUUUACAAUACAGGGAGGUUUUAGAGAGAGGCUGAGGAAUUGGCAGAGGCUUCCAUAUGCAAAGCCAUAUGAGAGGACGCAGGGCAUUAGGGUUCGUUCUCGUGGGGGGAUGCAGCGCCAUGAGAAGCGAGCUGUGGCUGUUCUUCAUGAGCUUCUGAGCUUGACUGUGGAAAAGCUGGUUGAUGUGGAACGACUUGUCCAUUUCAGGCGAGAUUUCGCCAUUGAAGUCAAUAUCCGUGAGCUUCUACUGAAGCACCCAGGGAUAUUCUACAUAUCAACCAAGGGGAACACUCAAAUCGUUUUCCUUAGAGAGGCUUAUGCUAAAGGGGGCUUGGUUGAGCCAAAUCCAAUAUACAUUGUUCGAAGGAAGAUGCAGGAUCUUGUUCUGUUGGGACGUAGAAACACCAAGCAAUUGCAAUCUUCCAUGGAAAUCAAGGAAAGUGACAGAGCUACUGCUGCCUAUAAUGGAGACUGGUUAUGUAAAAGGGAAGGAAGCUGGGUUUUGCCCAUUUUAGAGGGCUUUGAUUGAGGGAUGAAUUUCAAAUGUCUGGUAAAGAUGAUGAAUUGUUUGGGGUGGAUGUGAAGAAGGAACUGUGUUCAUGGUGGAAUAAAAGUUGAUUAUCUGA